UCUCCCAGCGAACCGCGCCCACUGAACUCCAGACUCCUCCUCCGGUGUGACUGUACGUGCCCUGCGUCUCUGCGCUCCUCUCUUUCCCCUCAACACCAGACACAUCCAGACCACAGACAUGGCUCCAUAAGGGUGCACAUGGCGGCUUGCAGCCAUGAACCAAAAAAACAAUUCACCAAAAACUACAGAUGCAUCUCCGAUUUGACUGAUUUUCGAUUGAUCAACUUCCACAUCCGCCGCAAUAUUCUUCAGUCCGGUUUUCAGCAUUCGGGAGAGGCUGCUUGCUUGCAACUCUCUCUCACUCUUGUCUCCAUUUCCUCCAGACAAUUUUACGUUCUUGCUCAACCCGAAAUAACAGUAGAUAUCAUAUUGUACAACAACAGUCAUGGGUGUGCAGGGUUUCCAGGAAUACAUAGAGAAGCACUGCCCCAAUGCCGUGGUGCCGGUGGAGCUCCAGAAACUCGCCCGCGGGAGUCUGGUCGGCGGCGGCCGGCAGAGACCCCCUCAAACUCCGCUCCGGCUUCUAGUGGACGCCGAGAACUGCCUGCACCGGCUCUACGGCGGCUUCUACACCGACUGGGUGAGCGGGGGCCAGUGGAACCACAUGCUCGGAUACCUCGCCGCCCUCGCCAAAGCCUGUUUCAACGGCAACAUCGAGCUGCUAGUGUGCUUCAAUGGCGCCCUGGAGAAAGGCCGUCUCCACGAGUGGGUCAAGCGACAGGUGAACGAGAGGCAGACCGCCCAGCAGAUCGUCAGCCACGUCCAGAACAAGGGAACCCCGCCGCCCAAGGUCUGGUUCCUGCCCCCGGUGUGUAUGGCCCACUGCAUCCGCCUGGCGCUCCUCAGGUUCCACAUCGGGGUUGUCCAGACCAUCGAGGAUCAUCACCAGGAAGUGAUUGCCUUAUUUAGAGAAAAUGGGUUCCAUGGCCUGGUUGCCUAUGAUUCUGAUUACGCCCUGUGCAACAUCCCGUACUACUUCAGUGCCCAUGCUCUCAAACUCAGCCGCAACGGCAAAAGCCUCACCACCAGCCAAUACCUGAUGCACGAAGUUGCCAAGCAACUUAAUCUCAAUCCAAAUCGUUUUGUCAUUUUUGCUUCACUUUUAGGGAAUCACAUACUGCCUGAUGAAGACUUGGCUGCCUUUCACUGGAGUUUACUUGGGCCUGAGCACCCUUUAGCAUCCUUGAAGGUCCGUGCCCACCAACUCGUUCUUCCUCCAUGUGAUGUUGUCAUAAGAGCCGUGGCAGACUAUGUCCGCAACCUACAAGAUGUCCAUGACCUGGAAGCUAUUGCUAAAGACAUAUUCAAGCACUCCCAGUCUCGAACUGAUGACAAAGUUGUCCGUUUCAAAAAAGCAGUGGAGUAUUACGUCACCUCCAGCAAGCCCCCUCACUUUCCCCCUUAUUUAGUCAGACCAAAUCAGAUGGGAUUGCCAGCAGCACCGCAGAUGCUUAACAUUCCAGGCAAACCUGGGGUCCAGCAUGACUAUUCCGGCCCUCCGUUGGCCGAGCCUGUCCAUGAGGCGGACCCGUCAGCUAAAGGGCUCCUAGAACAGAACAGCUACAGCAACAUUCCUAAUGACGGGAAGCAGCACACGCCGCUCUACGAGAGGUUGUCCCCCAUCAACCCGGCUCACGGCGGCAACUCCAACCACACAGACCCAGCCUUCUUCAUCACCUCGUCCACAUCCUCAUCCUCUGAGAAUGAAGAAAACACAGGCUCCACUGCCAACCACGUAAGUGACCAUAAGGGAUGGGACAAACAGAGAAACCAGAUGGACAACAUCCCAGAAGGAGACCAUGGGGACCAAAAUAAAUCUGAUCCUUCUGUGACCUCCCCUGUAAACCAAGGCCCUGAGGGGAAAGGUCACGUAGGGGUCAAUGCCCAAAUUCCAUCCCUCCUUUCUAUGCCAACAAGAAAUCACAUGGAUAUUACCACUCCCCCUUUACCAGUGGUGGCACCAGAGGUGCUACGAGUCGCUGAGCACAGACACAAAAAGGGCCUCAUGUACCCAUAUAUUUACCAUGUGCUUACCAAGGGUGAGAUUAAGUUAUCUGUCACCAUAGAGGAUGAAGCUAACAAAGACCUGCCCUCUGCGGUGCAGCUGUACCGGCCAGUACGUCAAUAUGUUUACGGGGUGCUCUUCAGCCUGGCCGAGGCCAAAAAGAAGGCAGAGAGACUCGCCAUGUGGAGAAAUCGCUUCCCCGAUUAUCCAACAGUGAUUAUAAAAGAAUGGGCUGCUUACAAAGGCAAAUCUCCACACACCCCUGAACUGGUGGAAGCUCUUCCCUUCCGGGAGUGGACCUGCCCAAACCUGAAGAAACUCUGGCUGGGCAAGGCAGUGGAGGACAAGAACCGGAGGAUGAGGGCUUUCUUGGCCUGCAUGAGGUCAGACACUCCAGCUAUGCUGAACCCUGCCAAUGUCCCCACACCUCUUAUGGUGCUGUGUUGCGUGCUACGGUUUAUAUUACAAUGGCCAGGAGUAAGAAUUUUGCGUCGUAAUGAACUUGACGCUUUCCUAGCUCAAGCACUUUCUCCUAAACUUUAUGAGCCUGACCAGCUGCAGGACCUGAAGAUUGAUAACCUGGAUCCACGCGGCGUUCAGCUGGCUGCUCUUUUCAUGAGCGGCAUGGAUAUGGCGCUGUUUGCCAAUGACGUGUGCGGGCAGCCCAUUCCCUGGGAACACUGCUGUCCGUGGAUGUAUUUUGACGGCAAGCUGCUACAGAGUAAACUCAUCCGGGCCAGCAGGGACAAGGCCCCACUUAUUGACCUCUGCGAUGGUCAGACUGAGCUAGUUUCCAAGGUGGAGAAGAUGCGUCAGAGUAUCCUGGAAGGUCUGAACUUCUCUCGGCCACCCCAGCCGAUCGCAUUCCCCCCUCCACCUCCACACGCAAUGCCUUUCUACCCCCCCAACAGCACCUUCUACCCUCCACCUCCUCUGCCCCCACUGCAGGGUAGAGGCAGGGGCAUGCCUGUGGGGCUUCAAGCCAUCCCCUCACAGGGUGGUAAGCUUGAGAUUGCAGGCACAGUGGUGGGUCAAUGGGCUGGUAGUCGUCGUGGAAGAGGAAGAGCCUCGUUUCCCAUACAGGUGGUGUCAGUUGGUGGACCAACCAGAGGUCGUCCAAGAGGUGUGAUUUCUACUCCUGUUAUAAGGACCUUUGGUCGAGGAACCAAAUACCACACUAGAGGGUUCAAGAGUCAGGGAACAUACCAGAGCAAGCCUGCAUAUGCUGCCUCAACCAAUGAAGUGAUAAAAGACAGAAUGGAGCCGAAGUUGGUGACCAAAACACCGCAUCUGCCCUUAGAAGGGUCCACAGCAGCAGAGAACGGCUUGGUGGAGGGUAAAGAGGCAGACCAGCUCAAUGGGAACGAAGGGGAAAGUAGGGCUACAAACCAACCUGAAAGUGCCUUUAGCAAUGAAUCUAAGAUGUGCAAUACUAAUCCUCAUUUAAAUGCACUAAAUGAAGAUGGCGAGGGCUGCAGAGAUGAAGCUCUGGGCGCCGCUGUCUUAAAAACAGAAGAGUAAACCUAUUUUUAUAGAGAGGGUGAAGGUUGAUGGAAGGUUACGUGUUAAGGAAUAUCUGGAAGGAUGGAAGACCUACAGUUGGUGUACAUUUUUUCCUCUCCGAAAGCGAUAAAUGAGGACUUACGAAUUUUUGAAAUCCCUCUUCGACAUCAGCGAGUUAAACCAAUCACAAAGUAAUGAUGAGGAAACCUCUCGGUAAAACAUAAAUAUACAAGUCAUAUAGAGAAUCGUACCAGUUUAAUGAUGAAAGACGGUGUUCUCCCUCGUCAAUGAUAUUACGUGUUUCAAAACUGGUUACAUGAAAUGAUUUUACUUUCUCGAUGAAAUGCAGAAAUCUAAAUACCGAUUUUCAUUUGCCAGUCUUUUAGUUUUAGUAAGUUGAGAUUCAAGGACCAUAUAUAUAUUUGCCAUUGUAAUUGAGUUUGUAUUGUCACAGUAAAUGCUUUUUUAUUGUUUGAAAACGUAAAACUCACGAUUUGAAAGACAAAACCAAGAACGCAUUUCUCACGUGUCGUCACUGUGAGUUUACUUGUGUUUUAAAUGUGCGGUUGUUUUGACAUUGAGUAACUAGUAUUACUGCUGCAUCUUAAGUUCUGAUGAUUUUAAUAUGCCAUACAUUAGCGAUUAUAGGUAAUGUCAAGAAAUGGUUAGACAGAUCUCACGAGUUGCAAAUUAGCUCUUGAAAAACACCAAUGUCUCUUUCCGUGUCAGAAAAUGCCAUGCAUCAGUGGUUUGUUGAAUCAAACGUAGCACAUUAGUAAAACUGUCUCAGCUAAACUUUCUGCAUGGCUCACGAUUAAAAGAAAAAACAAACAAACAAAAUGGUGUGUAGUUAUAAUGCAUGUUGUCCUAUUUCUUCCUUCAUUACAAAUACCGUGCCCAUCUGCAAAAUUUAAAAAAGCUGAUAAUCAGUAAUAGUCCUAUAAAAGGUGUUAAUGAUUAGUCAGUAACUGAUUUGCGCUAACCUUAAGUUUAUUAUUUCUGUGAUUUAUUGACCUCUGUUGUAUUUACUCCAACAUUAUUUAGCCACUUUAAAUAUUGUUAAUCCUGGUGUACUCAUCACUGUAUACAUUAUUGUUCUCUGUUGCUGUUUUCCGUAUUCAUACUAGAUAAAAAAAUCGUUAAAAAAAUGGCUUCGAUCUUAAAUUCUCCCCCCUUUUCUUAGCUCAGAACAAGUUUUGCGAAACGUUUGACCCUCCCAUUUGAGAAUUUAGCCUAAGCAAGUACACUUGUAAUCAUUUUGAUGUUUACUUUAGUGUUUUCAGAAUUUAUAAACGUACUUCUAAAUGAGAAUCAUUACUUCUCCAUCUAAUCCUGAUGCUUUUUAUUGCACAUUAGUGAUCAGAAAUAUGGUGUAUUCCCCUCAGUCCCCUGCCGCAAGUCUAAGUAGGUUACCUUGACGUAAGUUGAUCGGAGUUUCUUCCUAACUUAUGGCUUGUAAAAGAAUGAACUACUGUUGGGUUUGAGUGACUGUUGAUGGUUUGUGGUGUGAUGUAUUUGAAAGAAAAAGAAUGCAACUUACAAUGCUUAAUAAAAGUCUU